AUGGCAGUCAGGCUUGAGCGGUUUCUCAACACAACUGGAUGGUUCUUCUUCGCCAUCAUCCUCUUCUGCCUGGUCAUCCUCACACCAGCAGACGCCAUCUAUCAAUGCUACGAGACGGGUCGUCUCACCAACGUCUUUUUCAUUAUCGGCGCAUAUGUGAUAACUUUUAUAAUUGCAGCCCUCAUAUAUGCGACACGCAUUUACACGAAUCGGAGUGCACUCACAGGCAUACCCAAAGCCUGGAUCCCCGUGGAAAAGGAAGAUGUGAGCAAGAGUGUUAGGCGACUGGUGAAGGAAGGCCUCAUCCGUAGCGCCAUCAUCGCGUAUCAAGCCCGACCGCGCGAUAUCUCCACCGACGAGGACAGCUUCCAAAACUACAGACCGCUUCUCAUUGACUCCGAGCGACCCCCUUGGGGCCAUGUCGAGCACCCCGGCUGGUCUUCACCUGCGACACCAGACUUACCGAAUCUACCAUAUCGUACGGUCAUACAAGAGCUCCCUAGCUUAAUUGAAGCCAAAGCUGUUUCCCUUGCCCCUGCCGAUUCAUUAUCGCUUGCGCCCCCAUACCCCUUCGAUCCGUCAAGCGACCUUACAACACACCCAUUCUCUCUCCCAGAUACACGCGUGGUGGAAGUAUUGCAACGUCCUGCCUCGAUGGGUCUGAGAGAAUACAUCCGCCAUCUAACAUCUCUUGGGGCUAUCUACCCACCAGAGCUCGGUGCAGACUUCCUUGCGUUGUAUGAACAAGCUCGAUUCUCGCCGCACGAUCUACACGAGGCGGAAUUCCGUGACUUGAUGCAUCUCUUUGCAGAGAUCUUGAGAGGAAUGACAUCCCUUGCACCGCCAAUCCUGGAUGAAAUUCGCGACAGCGCAAGCUACCGACGGGCCUAUAGCGAAUCUGUCAUAGGGCCCUCGGACGAAGAGGGAGAAACAGAUACUGUGGAGACUUAUGGUUACGACGGAGCCCUAAGGUCCAUGCGGAGUAACAGCCUUCGCCCAUCGAAUGCGUCUACCUGGGAGACCCAGUCUGGGUAUGACACCGCACCCGCAAUGCAUAGUCCUGCGUCAGAACUGUCAACAGAUAGUGGAUCCUAUGCGGCACGGAGCCCUUUUCACACACCUUCUACGAGGUCUCUACGACGCAUAGCAUCGAGGCAAUCUGGCAGUUCAGGAGGGAGUGUCAUUCGCUUGACGCAACCAGGAGAUCUGACAGAUUUGCCGUAUACAUUUGACUACGCUGGACGUAGGCAGUGA